CCCUAAAUUCGAGUUUUUUUUGGAAUGCCCCUUGUGUGCCGUUUGCCUGCGCCUUCUUCUUUGCUUGGAUCUCGGGCGUGGGCGAUCAAGAGGUGCGCUGCUCCCAUCCGAUCCAGGCGAGCAAUCGCAAUGCAGGCGUCGUCCCAGCUCGUCGAGGCGCUGGAUCCCGUCCAGAAGCGUCUCAUGUUUGAGGAUGAGUGUAUCCUGGUGGACGAGAAGGACAAUGUCGUCGGCCAUGACUCCAAGUAUAACUGUCAUUUGAUGGAGAAGAUCGAGACCGGGAAAAUGUUGCAUCGUGCAUUCAGUGUGUUUUUGUUCAACUCCAAAAACGAGCUGCUGCUCCAGCAACGCUCGUCGACCAAGGUGACGUUCCCUCUGGUGUGGACGAACACAUGUUGUAGCCACCCUCUCUAUCGAGAGUCGGAGAUGAUUUUCGAGAACCAAAUGGGAGUAAGAAACGCUGCGCAAAGGAAGCUUUUUGAUGAGCUCGGUAUCGCAGCAGCCGACUCCCCGGUGGACGCCUUCACUUUUCUGGGCCGGAUCCUCUACAAGGCUCCAUCAGACGGAAAGUGGGGGGAGCACGAACUGGACUACUUGCUGUUCUUGAAGCGAGAUGAGGUAGCAGUGAAUCCAAACCCGGACGAAGUCGCGGCGGUGAGGUACGUGAACCAGGCGGAGCUCAAGGAGCUGGUGAGGCAGGCGGACGCGGGAGAGGGCGGCAUCAAGCUCUCUCCCUGGUUUCGCCUCAUCGUGGACAACUUCUUGUACAAGUGGUGGAGUUUGCUCGAGGAAGGCAAGCUGGGCGAGGCAGUGGAUGAGAGCACCGUGCACUGGCUUUUGUAGUGGAGCUAGACAAAUUCAUGGGAGACAAGCAUGGAAGCAUUUCAAUAAACAGAGCAAGUGGAUAAACAUAUUGAUAAUUUGUUGUAGCAUUGGUUAUUUUUCAUAAUUCCCCUCUGUGUGCUUUGGGCC